UUACGCGUAAACGUCCUCCCUCCACACCGGCCGGCUUGUUCUACUUGCAUCGUACUACACACUCACAUAGUUGGCCUCUGGAUGGUAUCCAGUAAUCACGAAUAACGCCAUGAACGAUGUAAAUAAUAUGCACAGCAAUGUCAUUUUAUAGUGAUAUAAUAUCAAUUCGUAAUCCGUGUAUACUGUCGGCAGACGACAGAUGCAUGGCGAUGUUUUCACGCGCUACGUUUAAUCGUUUAAAAAUAUUAUAACGGCGCAACUGAUGGGCUGUAUCAGCCGAGUUUUAUAAUAUCUAUUUCAUUGGUCAUAACAUACAAAACAAUAUGAUCGCAAGUUUGUUUCUAAAAUUUGCGUCGAUAACGGCCGUGUUGUUGGCCAGCAUUCAAGUGACUGCAGCGGUUGUCAACGACAGCUCCACAAAGAUCGUUAACCAAGGCAAAAAUCCUCGUUGGAAAACCUUAAGGUUGGUCCAUGCGGUUUUUAGGCAUGGAGAAAGAACGCCGGCUGAUACUUACCCGUUUGAUCCAUACGUAAAUUAUACGUGGAAACCGUACGGAUGGGGACAAUUAACUAAUGUUGGUAAGCGCCAUCAAUACGAAAUCGGGAAAUUCAUUCGAAAACGUUACAAUGGCUUUUUGGACUUAUUGUAUUCUCCUGAAAAAGUGACAUUUUGGAGCACUGACGUCGACAGGACUAAAAUGAGUGCUCAGCUUGUUGCCGCAGCUCUGUAUAAACCGGUCGGGACUCAACAGUGGCAUAAGCGAUUGGACUGGCAGCCAAUCCCUAUUCACGCAGAAAGCUUAAACGAAGAUCAAUUAUUGCUGGUGCGUAAGGUUUGUCCGCGUUAUCAUAUGGAAAGAAUGAAAAUCAUGAAUUCGACAUUGGUUCGUCAAGAAUUUGAGAAUUAUAAAAAUACUUUUGAUUAUUUGUCUCAAAACACUGGUAUGGUCAUUCAAGACCUUGAUGACGUCCAAUCAAUUUAUAGCACUUUAAAAGCUGAAGUAAGCGUAUCUAUGGCCCAGAUCAUAGAUGAAGACUUUGGAGUAAGCCUCCCAGAUUGGACUUCUAAAGUAUACCCGACUAAAUUGGCUCAUAUCACUGCCAGAAGUUUCAUACUAAAUGCGUAUAACGAACAAAUGAAAAAAUUGAAAGGAGGCCCAUUAUUAAAAAAGAUAUUGGAUGACAGUAAGUUCAAAAUGACUAAAAAUUCAAAUCAUCAACUAUACAGUUACGCUGGACACGACUCAACAUUGGCCAAUCUUUUAAUAACGUUAGGAGUAUGGGAUGAACAAAUUCCAACUUACAAUAUGUUAGCGUUACUGGAACUACACGAAACAGUUAAAGGACAUUUUUAUUUUAAGGUUUUUUUGCGUAAUGAUACUUCAUUAAAUCCCUACCGAUUAACUAUACCAGGAUGUAGAGAAUCUAAAUGCAGUAUAAAACAUUUUGAAGCCAUAUAUCAAAAUGUUUUACCGAAGAAUUUAAAUGAAGAGUGCAAUUGCACAACGCAGCAGUGUGUCAACAUAAAAAUAUUAGAUAAAGGUCCUUGAAAAUAAACAAUGAAAUAUUUUUAAAGAAAUGUAUAUUUUAAAUACAUUUUAAUAAAUGCUUAUAUUAUUUAAAAAUAAUAAUGAUAAGUAUUUGGUAUUAGGAUUUGUACCUAUUUAUUGUUAUAAAAUAGUACAUAAUUUCUUGGAAGUCAAUUACCAUUUCCAUAAUAAUUUAAAAAGUUAAUUAAAUCCAUCCGUUUUUAUGCCGAUAUAAUAAUAAAAAAUAUAAAUAUUUUUUCAAGUAGUAUUGUUGAAAAUUUCAAUUGGUUGGAUUUAUUUCUUUGGAAUAUAUUUUUAAUAAAUUAAAAAAUAUGUACAAAAUAA